AUGAGCACCGUUGUGGGAAAGAUGAAAAUAGCUUCCAAACAGAACCAAAUUGUUGUUUGGGUUAAACCUCUGACAAAUGAUUGUUACAUGGAUAGAACACCUACUACUGAACCUCCACUAUGCAGAUGUCAUGAUGAUCCAGAUGUUACGUGGGGCAAUACUAAUGAUACUCUUCUUUAUAUUAUAUUUUAUCAUGCAGCUGCAUUUGGAGCAGUUUUGCAUGUAAUAUCCACUUCACUUCUUGGAAUAACAGCAAUCACCAUGGCAAACACUAUUGCUGGUGAAGAAACAGUGCAUAAACUUGCUUCACUUUUGCUUGUAGUUCUUGGUGGUAGCUAUAUCUUGUUGUUUGUGUCUGGGAAGGGUGGCCACAGUCAUUCUCACAACCAGCCAAUGGAGAAAAUGGCUGUUGCUGGGCUUGUUCUUGUUCCGGCAUUAUCUCCUUGUGCAACCACACUUCCAGUGUUUCUUGCUGUUGGGAAUUCAUCCUCCAUGAUGGUACUUGCCAUCAUAGUGCUUCUAUUCAGCACGAUAACGGUGAUGACCUCACUGGUGGCUCUAUCAUUUUACGGCGCAAGCCAGUUGAAAUUUCAUUGGGUGGAGAGGUAUGACAAACUUCUUGUAGGAUCAGUGCUAUGCUUGGUUGGAAUCUUGACACUUGUUUUUCAUGAUCAUGAUCAUGAUCAUGGUCUCGGAGCUUCUACUGGAGAGCAUUUAAAUAGGAAACUUAUUGCCUUUUAAGAGGUUGCAACUAGUGUUUGUUACUAUAUAUAAAAUGCCUACAUGUAAUUGUGAACCAGUGACCACUGCAUGUAAACGGUUGCUUUGAUGGAGGGGUUUGUUUGUUUGUUUUACCACUUUUCACUUAA